UUUUCUUUUUGUGAAUAUUUAUGAAGUGUUUUAAAUGUUUGGAUGGAAGGUGUUUUAGAAAUACUAUAUAUUACUAUUACUUGAGAUUAGACAGAUACAAAGUUCUAACCUAUGUAAGUAUAGUGGGUGAUUUACCCAGGAUGGAGCACUAACUAGCCAGUCAGGAUUUGCAUUUUCCAAAUAACACAUUACUAGGUGCAAGGUCAUUCCAGGAUAUCCAUUUGCCCGUGGUACUUUGUGAGAUGUCAUGAGAGAAUAAAUAUUUGACAGAUAUUAGUCAUGUUUCUUAAUGCACUGUUGGAAAGUGCUCGGAUAUUAUGGUGAUGAGCAUGGUAUAAGAACCUAUAUAAGAUAGAACGGAAUCUGGUUUGAUGCAGUGCCAAUGUAUUGCAACAGAAUGAGAUUCUGAAACAGCAGCAUCUCACUGCAUUAUCAUGUGGAUAUUUUGACACAAAAUCAGUACGGUGUGUUACAUUUUGAAGUCCUGUUGUAGAUCUACUUGUGUGAAUGUUUGAGGCUGCACUAUGAUUAUCCUGGUGUGAUCAGGUUUUGAGAUGGUGCUACCUUGUUGUAUCUCAUCACAAUGUUUUGAGGCGUCCUGCUGCAACACAAUGGUAGCAUUUUGAGGCAGUGGGUGUCAUUGCUUUGUUACAGCAUGAUGAUAGUCUUAGGUGGGUAUGGUGGUGUAACUGUUUGAGGUGGUGGCCUCACAUUGUAUCACAGGAACAUGACUUUUGGAGGCAACGACAUGGCAUGAGAUCAUGACACCAUGGUGUGGUGACUUUCUGAGACAGCACCAACAGCAUGAAAGCAGUUUUGAGGCAUUUGGUGCAGGGUGGUGCUUGGGUUAAAGAUUAAAUUUGUGGGCCCACACCUCCCACUGUAGUGCAGCCAGGCCAGACCCAGUCACUCCCUGUGUGGGGAUCCAGGAGUUCCAACUUUGCCCCCUCAUAAGGAAAAAGCUGUGGAGAGAGACUGGGAAUUUGUCUGGCCUUAUGUAGUUGAGCCAAUCAGAACGGAGUCAGGUGAGUGACAGCCAAUCUUUCCAUUCAGCAACAAAGGGACCCCGGCACCAAAGGCAGACGAUUGUCUGCGAGAGAACGUAUUUCUCAACCAAUCAAGUUUAGGGGUAGGAAAGAGGGCGGCCUCUUACCACUCAGAAUACAGGCUGAGGCAGGACAAAGCACAGAGUGGCGGCUCUUCGCCCAAUGGCGGAUGGGAUCGCGUUUGAACCGUCCAAUGAGAUGGCCGGAGGGGGGCACGUCUUUUUGCGGGUAUAAAACCAGCUGCUGGGGCAGGCGGCGGCGGCUGGCAUUUGUUGGCGGCGGCGGGGAGUGGAAAUUAUCUCCUGCCGGCCUCUCGCUCCGGAGCUUUCGCCCCUCUCUCCCCGCCAUGACGACCACCACCACCUACAAGGGCGUGGACCCCAACGGCAGGAACAGCUCCAGGGUAUUGCGCCCUCCAGGUGGAGGUUCCAAUUUCAACUUGAGCUUUGAUUUGCCAAAAGAGCAGCCUGUGCGAAGGAACAAAAUGGCAUCCAACAUCUUUGGUCUUCCUGAAGAGAAUCCAGUUUCUAGGGAUGGCUCAACAGGGGCCAUGCCCAGAGGUGUCAGAGAAGAUUCUGAACCAUCUGGACCCCAAAGGAAAAACUCUUCUGAUGCAAACUGUGGGGACUUUGUAGAUCCAAAGGAUGGGGAAAGCGGUGAAACUUUUGAAAACAUUGAGGCUGAUGUAGAAGCUGCUCCAGGCCAGAGUGAAGAAAAAACCCUGCCUGCUGCACCUGUUCCUAGCCCAGUAGCACCAGUACCUGCACCAUCCAGGAGAAAUCCACCUGGUGGAAAGUCCAGCCUAGUCCUCGGUUAAACCCAUUCCUUUCUGACUGUUUUGAACUCGUGUCUGUUUCUUUUCCCCCAUGCUUGUGAACUGCACAACUUGAGCCUGACUGUACAUCUCGAAUUUCUUUCAUUAAAAAGAAGCACUUUAUGUACUGCCGUUUUUUUAUUUUUUAAAAAACUUUUUUUUUUUCAUUUGUUUGGUCUCCCCUGGAUCUACUGGAAAUGACAUGAGUGUUUUCUAGUAGUAAACAUGAGGGAAAGCUUUGAGGGAUAGUAAUUGGCUCUAAGUGUGCUUAGAGGGUUUUUGUACGGAGAUUUUUAGAACCUCUUAUAGUCAGCUUUACAAGGGUUUAGAAUUCUAGUUGACCAGGCCAGCAAACAAUCAACGAGAGCAGACCCCCUUCACCGCACACAACUGUUGGUUAUCCAAAACUUAAUUGACUUCCAUGUGGUAAAUGUCUCAGAACAGUGCAGAAGUGUGAUCUAGUGUAUGCCAUGCUGCCUUUAAUAAGGAGUAUCUUAGAGUUGGACCAUUAUGAAAUGGGGCAUGUGCCAUAUUUAGGGCUGAGAUGUCUGUCCUAAUACUGGGGGGGGAUUUGGGUGUACAGCAGAAACUUAAUCCAGUAAAGGUAGAAUGAGGUGUGGAUCAUACAAGAGUGGUUGUUCAAGUAAAAAUUACAGGGGCAUUUUAUUAUAAAUGACUCAAUGCUGUGCAUGAUCAUGCUGGUGCUUGACCAUGAGGUGAAAAUCUCAUCGUUUUAAAAUGUGUGUUGUAACUUCACAAAGCUGGACUGUUGCUUAAAAGUAAAUAAUAUAGAAGUUUUGAA